AGGUAUCCAUACAACAACUGGAGACCAACGGAAGAAUUACCUACUUGUGAUUAAGUGACUUUUCUAGCUAGAUAUGACUGAAAAUAAGGCUGUUAUUAAAAAUGCUGAUAUGACAGAGGAUAUGCAACAAGAUGCUGUCGACUGUUGUACACAAGCCAUGGAGAAAUACAAUAUUGAAAAAGAUAUUGCAGCCUAUGUGAAGAAGGAAUUCGACAAGAAGUACAAUCCUACAUGGCAUUGUAUUGUUGGUAGAAAUUUUGGAAGCUAUGUGACGCAUGAAACCAAACACUUCAUCUAUUUGUAUCUGGGACAGUUAGCAUUCCUACUGUUCAAGUCUGGUUAGAUGGAUGUUAGUCAACAGACAGGAUAUGAAGAAACCUAUGGACAUUGUUUCACACAGUCACACAGACACACAAACACCACGUAUCAAAAUUUUCAGACACAAAAAUCACCCAACUUAUCAGUUACCUUUUUCUUCUUCGCUCAAC